GGAAUAACGAAGUUGAUAAAUGAUAACAAAAGAUCAGCCGUUCGAUUCCCACGACUCCGUAUAAAUCCUCUCCCUCUUUCAUUUUUUACCUUCUUUUCGAUUUUCCCCCUUUACAUCGAGGAGAGAGAAUCAUCGAGCUCGUUUUCAAUUUGCGAUUCUUGCUCUUCUCAACCUUUCUGCAGGAGUAGUUGCUUUCAGCAAAGGUCCUUGGAGGUUCAAGAAGUAUGCAACGCUAUCGGAAGGACGAGGAUUUGGAUGAAUAUGAGGAUGACUUAGAAGAUCAAUAUGAAGAUGCUGAUGAAGAUCAAUACGAGAAUGAAGAUGAAGAGGAGGAGGAAGAGAAGGAUGAGCCUUUGUCCAAAGAGGCAAUUGAAUACCUUGAAAAUAGGGAAAAAAUUAAAGCAAGACACAGGUCAAUUUUACGGAGGGAGAAUGGCAAGAAUGGUGCCACUAUUAACCACUUGAAAUUGAGCAGUUUUGGGAAUUUUUUUGGUCCCUCUCAGCCAGUGAUUGCUGAUAGAGUUAUCCAAGAAAGCAAAUCAUUAUUGGAGAUUCGGCAUUUGGCACCUAAAGCAUCUCCUUGUCAAAAUGAUGUAAGAAAGGUUAGUGUAUCAUCCACCACAGCAUCAAAAAAUGGACCAAGCAUCAGGCCUCCUCCAAAACAGGUUAAAUCAAAAGUACAGUUGAUGAAACAAACUAGAGAUUAUUCUUUUCUAAUGUCAGACGAUGCAGAGAUUCCUAAACCAGCAAAAGAUCCUGGUCCGCAGAAGUCUUUAGUUUCAAAGCCUGGUCAUGAAGAUGUCAGAUCAGCACAAGUUCGAGCAAACAGAUAUGAGCCAUCUUCACAUUCGGGUAAAAAAAGAUAUGAUGGGUCGGAACAAAGGAGGCCUUCUUCCGGGAGCUCCCAGGUGCAUGAUUACCGUAAUGCACCCCCUCAGAAAACCUCUAACAAGGCUAAUCUUCCUUGUGAUUCAAGAAGACAGCUGGAUUUGAGAAAGCAGUCCCAACCUAGUAAGCAGGCAGACAGAAGUAGUGGAAGUGGUUCUAGACCUACUGUGCAGAAAGGCUUGCCCCCAAAGAAACCAUUAUCUUCCAGUGACAGAAAAUUGCCUGCUGGUUCCUUGGAGAGAAAAUCUUGCACUGCUCCUGUGGGAAUUAAGUCUGGUGUUGCAAGGACUUCUACAAUUGAUCGGCAGAGACUGCCUAUGGUAAAGCCUCAGGCCUCUGGUGUAACUAACCGUUUUGAGAAUAAGAGGGAUGUUCAGCGAAGUUCAGAAAGCAAAAUGGUGAGGAAGGAGAAUGUUGGUGCCUCGAAAUUUCAGAUGGCGAGGCAACCCAAGCAAGGCUCUCUUCAAUCGAAUGUGGAGAAGGGCCACCACAUCAAGAAGCAAAUGCCUGCUGGACGGUCACACAAUUCACCUGCUGUCCUUGAUAACAAUAGUAAGAAUAAAAAAAGAAAGGCUACAGAAUCAGAGUCCGACUUUGACUAUAGGUCUGCAAUUAGGGAUAUAUUCGGGUAUCGUCCCCAGCGAUAUCAUGACGAUGAUGAUGACAGUGAUAUGGAAGCGGGAUUUGAUACUAUAAUGGAGGAGGAACAAAGAAGUGCAAGGAUAGCUAAAAAAGAAGAUGAUGAAGAAUUGGUCAAGAUCCUCGAAGAGGAGAGACGGGAAGCGCUGAGAAAAAAAGCCAAGAUGCGUCGGCGUUGAUUGUUAUUAGGAAGUUGUGCUGUAUUUAUUCAGUUUUUUUGGCAUUGGCAAUUGGUUUUACAUGUGACAUGCCAUUCAUCAAUUGUAUUUCGAGUAAUGGCAGUCAAAUCCAAAGUCACUUUGUAGGAUGGGGAAGGGUUUGUGACAAUAUUUAGUGGGCUUUUUUUUUUCCUUUGCGAAUUGGCCGCACUGGUGGAGUGGUGGGGGAAAUUUUGGAGAGGUAAUUUGAUCACAUGUAUAUCCAAUAAAAGAUCAUACAGAUCUUUGGUUCUGUAUUCGGAGAGGGGAAAAAAGGUUCCUUUCUGUUCCGAGAGCUCAUGUCAAAGCCUAGCAUACUGAUUAAGGUGUGUUACUUCCAAUUAGAUGCAAGUUCAAACUCGUGUUUUUAGUGUCAUCAAACUCGUGUUUUUAGUAUCAUCUACGAACGACGAAUAUUCUGCUUGUACGAAAUACAAAGUUCAGUGUAGACUUGAGAAACAA